UUCAAAACAGAACAAAUACAAGAUCCAAAUAUAUCCUUUUCGUUGGAAUGUUAAGUCGAGAGGAACUCAAAAUUAGAGUAGAAAAUAUGAAUAAAGAAUGUGAAGGUAAAGCCGCAUGUUUAAGAUGGGCAAUCCUUCGUCAAGCUCUCCUUCCUCGCCAUUCUUCAGAUGACCAAUCUGCAACUGCCACCCAACGCAUUUCAAGGAAAACCAAUCAUGGAUUCAGCUUAAUCCCUAAACAUACAGUGGAUAAACACCAAAACUCCAAAGAUGCUACUGUUUGCUACACUUUGCCAAUUAAUGGCUCUCCCAAGCUUUUCCUCACUCAAAGAAUGGAUGGUGGUGCUGAUUUGAGUGAUUUUGAGAUCUCCAAUGGAUACAAUGUUGACAACACUGGACUUGUUUGUCAGUGGCCAUCAGAAGAUAUUCUUGCUUAUUUUUGUUUGUCACAUGCAGACAUGUUCAGGUCUAAAACUGUUAUUGAGCUUGGAUCAGGCUAUGGCCUAGCUGGAUUAGUUAUUGCUGCAACUACUGAAGCUUCCCAAAUUGUAAUCUCUGAUGGAAAUCCUCAAUUGGUUGAUUAUAUUCAGCAUAAUAUAGAGGCUAAUUCUGAUGCAUUUGGUGAUACAAAUGUGAAGAGCAUGAUGCUGCAUUGGGAUCAGGAUGAUACUUCAAAUAUACAGAACACAUUUGAUGUCAUUGUUGCCAGUGAUUGCACCUUUUUCAAGGAGUUCCACAAAGGCCUUGCAUGCACUGUCAAACUCUUGCUAAAAAGAGCGGAAACCUCUGAAGCGUUGUUCUUCAGCCCAAAGAGAGGUGAUUCACUGGACAAGUUUCUUGACGAAAUUGAAAAAAUUGGCUUGAAAUUUUCCGUAACGGAAAACUACAAUACUGAGGUUUGGACCCAACAUCAAAGAUUCAUGAAUGGUGAUAUGUCAUGGCCCGGCUAUGAAAAAGAUCACUGUUACCCUUUAUUACUCAGAGUAACAUUAUAAACUUUUUGAGCCUGUUUUGCCAUUCAUUGCCUUGGGUGAUGAAGCAGCAUUAGUGAUAGGCAUUAGUUCACACUGCUCUCUUCUUGGAUACUCUACAUUAUGUGGGUCCGUUUUUAGUUUUUUCUUAUUGUGAUUCUUAUUGAACGUAUUCGUAUGAUUGGUCUAUGAAGCUUUUAAGAGCAGAUUCCUUAUCUUCA